AUGCGGCUACUGUUGCUCAGCUUAGCGGCGGGAGCCGCCGCCUCCGACUUUACGCAUCAGUCCAACUGGGUGCUGUAUGCAAAUGCCUCGGAGAUUGCCCCCUUGUUGGAGACCCACCCGCGCUACGCCUCAGCCUUGAAGGCUGUGGCGGUGGCCUAUGGGCGGCUCAGCUUCGGGCUCUGGGGCGCCUUGACGGGCGCCUGCACGGGGCAGCAGCGACUGGGCGGGGAGCCCUGCGGUCAGGCCCUGCACUGCGUGGCUGGGCCACUUCUGAAGACGCUGCAGCGCAGCAGCGCCAACCUCCAGUACCACGCCGCCAGCCUGGGCCGCUCAGCCCCGCAGCCGCUGCGCCAGGAGCUCGGGGAGGUGAGGCGUUUGGCCGCCAGCUUCCACGGCCCCAGCUGCGCACCGCUGGUGGCGGCCUUGCGCUCGGCUUCGGAUAACCAGUGCCUGGCGAUCUUUAUGGAGCUUUGCAGCUGCUUGAGCGCCAUCAAGUCGCACGCCAAGUGGAGCAUGGCGCGGCUGCACGCGGCGCAGGUCUCCUUGUCGGUGCCCACGCAUUUCUACCGACCGGAGGACUACUACGGGUCCCCACGGACAAUGGACAGGCCUGACCGUCGCCUGGAGCAUCGCGGGGAGAUCCUGGACAUGCUCAUCAACCUCUACCUGCCCAAAGAUCGGCCGCUGAGAGUUGCAGAGGUGGGCGUGUUCCAGGGGGAGACCUCCUUUAUGCUGCUCCAGCGCCAUCCGCGGCUUCACCUCUUUCUGGUGGAUCCCUACUACGACGGCAGCGCCCGCAGCUGUGAAGGAACUGAUUGCACGGUGUCCCUCUCGCCGACCUACCUGCGGGCCCUUAGUCGUGUCUGGGAGUUCCGCCAGCGCGCCAGCUUCGUGAUGCAAGAGAGCGUGGAAGCGGCCAAGUGGGUGGGCAACGCCACGCUCGACAUGGUCUUCAUUGACGGCGACCACAGCCUCUUGGGCAUCGCAGUGAAGCAUUUGAACUCUUUCCCCGAAGGCGAACUGACCCGCGCUGUGGUUGGGGAUCUGUCCGCCUGGUGGCCCACGCUGCUCCCGGGCGCCAUCUUGGCCGGCCACGACUACGUGGGCGCCCCAGGACGCUGA